AUGGAUCAAGAAAACGACAGAAGUAUUUCCAGAUUAUGGAGAACGUUUAGAACCGUGAAGGAGAUGGUUAGAGACAGAGGUUAUUUCAUUGCCCAGGAGGAGCUUGACCUAACACUUGAGGACUUCAAGGUAAAAUACUGUGAUUCCAUGGGCAGAGCACAACGUAAGAUGAUGUCUUUCCAAGCCAACCCUACAGAGGAAUCCAUGACUAAGUUCCCAGAUAUGGGUACACUUUGGGUUGAGUUCUGUGAUGAGCCAUCUGUCGGUGUCAAGACUAUGAAAACUUUUGUCAUACAUAUUCAAGAAAAACAAUUCCAAACUGGUAUCUUCAUCUACCAAAACAACAUCACACCAAGUGCGAUGAAGCUUGUGCCCUCGAUCCCUCCAGCAACCAUAGAAACCUUCCACGAGGCUGCUCUAGUCGUCAACAUCACCCACCAUGACCUUGUUCCAAAGCAUAUAAGAUUAAAUGAAGAAGAGAAAGCGGAAUUGCUGAAGAGAUACAGAUUGAAGGAAUCCCAGCUUCCAAGAAUCCAAAGAGCUGACCCUGUUGCUCUGUACCUAGGUCUAAAGAGAGGUGAGGUUGUUAAGAUCAUCAGAAAGAGUGAAACUGCAGGCCGUUACGCCAGUUAUAGAAUCUGUAUGUAA